UCUGCAAGAUCCCUAUCCGAAUCCGACCAAGAAAGAGAGCUGGCUCAGGCGACGGGACUCACCCCCACUCAAGUUGGCAAUUGGUUCAAAAAUCGACGCCAAAGAGAUCGUGCGGCCGCCGCCAAAAAUCGGCGAAUGGGAGGACACGGAGGCCAUCACAACAGCUGCAAUUAUUCGUCGGGAUCUUCGGCGGGAGGUGGACCAACAAGCAACAAACGCCAUCGACCCGAUCACAGUCCGAACGGGAACGAUUCCGACGACGAUGUCGAUCUGUUGAUGGACGACGCCAACGGUUCGGGACCGCUCAGUCCCGGCGCUGAAUCGCUCAUCGAUUCAGACAAUUCGAGCAUCUCGCUGACGGGUCCUCCAUCCCCCGUCGGAGACAUGACGUCCGCCGGGGCACUGGGAUCAGCUGGCAAUGACGCUGCCUCUAUCCUCAAGUCGAGCAUCGGCGGAGACAUGGGCAGAGGUGGUCAGCCAUCGAAUCCUUUGACGAUGUCGACUGGCGGCCUGCUGUCCGAUCCGAUUCAUCAUUCGCGGGAUCGUGAACAACAUCACGCGGCCGCCAUGGCCUUGUCUUCGGCUGGCCUGAUGGCACCCGCACCGCCAUCGCACCACCAUCAUCACCAUCCAUCGGCCUUUACGUUUGGACAUCAUCCGCAUCAUCACCCUUCCUUCGGUGCGAAUUCUUUGAUGGCCGCAGCGGCGGGUCUACAUUUUAAUCUAGCGGCUUCAUUGGGCAAUGCGCCGUUGACUCCGUUCGGAGCCUUCGGAAGCCUAUCGAACCCAUUCGCAGCUGCCGUGGCUCCGUUUGGCUCGCGCUUCAACGGUGGCAACAACCGACCCAAUGGUUCGAGCGGUGGCGGUAAACCACCGACCUCGUUCGACAUGUCGCUGGCCGAGACGUUGGGUCAUCACCAUCACGCGGCGGCUAUGGCGGCGGCAGCGGCCGCCGCCGAACUGGCGGCCUACCAUCACGCCGCUCAGCAACAUCAACAGCAACAGCAACAACAGCAUCAACAACAUCAACAGGCGACGACGCAAACGACGAGCAUCGUCAGCCCAACAAUUGAGCCGCUCAAAUUGAAAAGCGAUCUCAUCAUCACGAGCAGCAAAUCGAAUCAUAGCGGCAGCAGCCGCAGCAGCAGAAGUAGCAACAGCAGCCGACAUAGCGGACGAUCGACGCCACCGACGCCUCCCACACCACCGCAAAAGACGUCCAUCCUUCACCAGCACGAGAUGGUGGCCGAAACUGGCACUCAAGCCAGUUAAUUCAAGCAAACCAAGUCAUCAUAGAGGGCCUGUAUAUAUUAAAUGGGAUUCAUUUCGUGAAAUGUAUAAGGUCCUCUUCGUUAUUUUGACCCACAUACAAAAUGAAGAGAAAAGUUUUCUUUUUUUUUUUUUGGCCUGUUUCAUUAUUAGAACUGAUGCAUUUCUUUUUUUUAAUGCUAUAUACCUUCACACAUUUUUCUAUUCCGUGUAUUAUAUUAAUAUCGAUGGCUUUUCUGUUUUUUUUUUUUUCCCCUUUGCGUCUACGUAAUUAAACUCGAAUGUUUAACGGUUUCAAUGCCAGUGGCGUUUGAAAUGGCUUGGCAUUGUGUUCGAUGAGCUUUGUACAUGACACAUGGACAUACUUACAUGGACAAUAUGAUUUCCUAUUCCCCUUUCUUUUCCUUGUUUUUUUUUUGUUUUUAAAAUUAGCGCGUGCUGUGUGUGUUUUUAAUUUUUAUUUCAUUGGACGUUGGUAUCUUAUAUCAAUCGUCCAGUUCUGAUUUAUAUAUAUAUUAUAUUAUAUAUACUAUAUAGUGAUGGUGUAUUUUAUUGUCUGAUUCAUUUCCUUCGGUUCCUCAUCUCGUUUCGUGACGACCUUUAUUUUUUUUUGAAAUUGAUUAUACGAGAAAAAAGACAAAAAAAAAAACAAUUUAUGAAACCCCAAUUUGAUUGGCACGUGUGUGCGAGUGAUGUUGCGUCUUCACGACUGAACCCUAUAUACGUAUAAUAUUUGAUACUAUAAAUUGUUGUAUUCGAUAUCCCUCGGGUUUGGCUUUUGUAUAACCUUUGAUUAGAAUAUUCAUCGAAAUCUAUUGGUUUUUUAAUCGGAUUUGAAACGACCUCUUACAAUAUUGCAGGCGGUUGGCUUCGGACUAAAAGUUUGUUGGCACCUAUCAAACGAUAUACGUAAAACAGGGCAGUUAUUUUUGAGAAAAUAUUGCCACCUUUUUGUUUGUUUUUUUAAAUCUUUUGUCAGCAAAUAUGAGAUUCAUUCAUUUUGUUUGGCUUGUUUUGCCCAAUCACAUACAGCGACGACGUGUCAAUUGGGAGAAAAAUAUCCAGUCCAAUAUAAUAGUUGAACCCAAAAAAAAAAAAAAAAAGAAAGUCCAAAGAAAUUUGGCUGUUUCCUGAAUCCCGAAAUUCGUUGAUUUUCACGCAUGUUCAUCAUAUUAAUACCUACUCAUAGUCACGCGCACGUUUCAAUGUCCUUUCAGAAUAUUAUACAAUUACGCCCGAUUAUUAUUGCUAUGUUCAACUUGUCUUUCUGUUUGAAUUCGACGGUGACGAUGUAUCGCAGACGAAGAUUGUUCAAUGUUUUGUUAGAAAACACGCGAUCGAAUGACACGUUACACACACAACCACACCACGAAACGGAAACAAAAAAUUAAAGACGAUCAACUAAAAAGAGAAGCAGUUUGCAAUAAACCUUACAUAAUACAAAAA